AUGAUGGUGAAAGUUGAGAUCGUUUCUAAAGAAAACAUCAAACCAUCAUCUCCAACACCACAAACCCUAAAAUCUUUCAAGCUUUCCAUCUUAGAUCAGCUCAUUCCUGCACCUUAUGCACCCAUUAUCCUCUUCUAUCCUAAUCAAGAUCAUGGUGAUGGUGCCACUGAUCUUGAUCAUCAACUCCAUACACGAUUGGAAACCCUAAAGGAUUCGUUAUCGAAGACGUUAACCGAUUUCUACCCGUUAGCUGGAACGAUCAAAGACGAUCUUUAUAUCGAUUGUGACGACGUUGGUGCUUACUUUGUAGUCGCUCGUGUCAAUACUCGUCUCCGUGAUUUCCUCGAGAAUCCUGAUUUGGAGCUCGUAAAUCACUUCUUCCCAUGUGCGCCUGGUUUCAAUGGGAGUGUUGCCGGAUGUUGUGUGACGAAUGUUCAAGUUAACGUGUUCGAAUGUCAUGGGAUCGCAAUCGCUUUGUGCAUUUCGCACAAGAUUCUUGAUGGUGGUGCACUUAGUACUUUCCUAAGAGGGUGGACUGGUUCGAGUCGUGGGUCGAAAGACGUGGUGAUCCCGAACCUGGGUGCUCCCUCAUUGUUUCCGGCUAAUGAUUUGUGGCUCCAAGAUUCGGCGAUGGUAAUGUGGGGGUCGUUAUUGAAGUUCGGGAAGUGUAGUACGAGGAGAUUCGUGUUCGAUUCGUCGAAACUAGCUGUUCUUAAGGCAGAGGCAGCCGGGAAUGGGGUAAAAGAUCCGACCCGAGUGGAGGUGGUGUCGGCUUUGUUAUGGAAGUGUGCCAUGGCUGCAGCCGAAGAAAAGGUUGGUUUUCGUAAGCCGUCGAUGUUGAGCCAUGUGGUGAACCUUCGAAAACGGUUAGCAUCGACGUUAUCGGAAGAUUCGAUCGGGAAUUUGAUUUGGAUCACGAGUUCAGAAUGUGGACCGGAGUCUGAAAUCCGAAUCAAUGACCUGGUGGAACGAGUACGGGGCAGUGUAUCAAAGAUCAACGGUGAGUUUGUGAAGAAUAUACGAGGCGAUAAAGGGAGAGAAGUGAUGGAAGAGUCGCUCGAAAAGUUGAAAGAUUGCGGGACGACAAAAGAUUACAUUGGAUUUACGAGCUGGUGUAAGAUGGGGUUUUACGAAGCCGAUUUCGGGUGGGGAAAGCCGAUAUGGGUUUGCGGUAGCGUGAGCGACGGUAGCCCGGUGUUCAUGAAUUUUGUCGUUCUGAUGGACAUGCGAUUCGGAGACGGAAUCGAAGCAUGGGUGAACAUGGAUGAACAAGAAAUGGAGAUCCUACAACACAACCAAGAACUCAUGGCAUUUGCAUCACUUGAUCCAAGUCCUCUACAAACAAACCAGUUAUCGGUUUUUUAACUGAAUACCAACCCAAAUAUAUGUAAGUAGGGUUGACCAUCCGAUCUAGAUAUGUUGUUGUCAUGGGUUCGAU